CAAUAGUGUUUUUAUAUUUAUUUAUAUAAUUUUAAUGUGUAUUCAAAAAUUGACCCAAAUAUAGUAAAUAAAAUUAAAUACUUAGAGCACCUGCUUCACUCCGUAAAUGACCUACAAUUUAAAAAACUUUCUGCUUUCGUGUUUCAAUAUUCGACUAUCUAUUUUAACUUGUUAUACACAGAUCUAUUGUCUAAAAUGAAACGGUAUAUGGCAAGCAGGCUUGCUAAAAUAGUUGGAAUUACUUUUAGUAGUUAUGUUGCCGUAAAAUAUACAAGGGAACAAUUAAAAAGGACAAAUGUAUUUGCAUCAGAAAUUAAAAAUCAAAAAGAAAGUGAUGGAAUUGAAGGUGAAAUUGAAAAUUCAAGGACUCCAAAUUUGGAUAGUCUCAAAUUACGUAAUGUUCAAAUUUUCUUUAGACAUGGAGCGAGGACACCGUUGAAAUUUAUUCCUGGAGUUGAAGAGGCAUUUUGGGAUGCUAGAUUUCUUAUGGGGUCACUCCCGCAUGCAGACAUAGAAUAUGAAGUCCAUAAUAUUCAUGGCGGAGGGAGACAACCACCCCAAGACCUCGAGAGUCACUAUGCUAAAACAAGGUUUAAGGGUGGCUGUAUUGCUGGUCAGCUGACUCAAUUGGGCCAAUCACAGAUGGUAGAUUUAGGUAGAAGUAUCGGGAAGAAAUACCUGAAAAGUUUAGACUUGAACCCUGAAUAUAGUGCUAGCUCUGAACAAGAUAUUUUCAUCCGGUCUACUAAUAUUAAUCGCACAAUAUUAUCAGCAAAGUGUGUUGUGGCUGGGAUGUUUGGAUGCAAUAAUGUUAAAGAUCCAUUAAAGAUCCUGGUAUCAAAAAGAGCAACAGAGAUUUUAUACCCAAACCAACACCACUGCCAUCUAUUGAAGGCUGUAUGGACUGCAGGAUGGGUGGACUUUGAUAAACUAGCAGGCUUUAAAGAUGAUAGACUAUCUGUACAAUCAGCUCUAGGUUUCACAGAUGAUAUUAAUGUUAAUAUUUGCGACUGCAGGGAUGUUUUAGUAGCAAGACAAGCUCAUGGCUUAGCUUUACCAAAACAACUAGCACCUGUAAUGUCAGUUAUAGAAGACAGAGCUACACAGAUGAUAACAGUUGCCACUUGUGGUUUGGAAAGUGAGCGGCAGAGCACAGUACCACUUACAGGGGGUCCCAUGGUUUAUCUAGUGCUACACCACAUGGACAGUGUAGUCAUGAACAAAAGUGAUUCUAAAAAGAUGUGCCUGUAUUCUUGCCACGACUCGUCCCUGAUACCCUUGCUUGAGGCUAUUGGUUCAUUUGACAAUAAAUGGCCACCAUAUGCUGCUAGUGUCACAUUUGAACUAUACGAGGAUGACAAUGGUGAAUUUUGGGUCAGGACUCUGUAUUUAGAUGAGGAGAUCAAAGUUCGUAAUUGUGACAGUGCAAUAGUGACUUUGGACAAGUUCCAUGAUGAAGUCAAUGCUUACGCCAUGUCACCUGAACAGUUCUGGGCAAGGUGUCAUGGGAAAGAGGCCAUUGUGGACCCACUCAUGGAUAAGAUUCUCCAAGAACUAAUUCAAAUAAGUCGGUCUGGAUUACGUAGCAAGAAAGACACUGAUGGACAAUAUUUACAAUGA